UUUGCAGCGCCGGCUGGAAGAUCUGACGAGCGCACUGCGAGGCGAGUGAGUGAGGACCUGCAUAUCUGCGGCUGUUUCUCAUCAUUUCUAAGCUGGUGGGCUUCUAUAUCACAGCUGAUGACUGUCCCUCCGGAGGCUGGAUUACAGGGGUUAGCGGCAAGCCUGAGUGUCUGGUGAAGGGCGUGCCCCGGCUUGUAUGUUGGUCACCUACGCUCGCUCUUGCUCACAGGGAUCAUGUGGCUUUGUCCGAGGAGAAAUCGUUUCCCCUUGCAGAACUGGCGCGGUGUCCACAGUUGCACCAAUUUCAGCGUGUCCUUGUGGGUUUUAAGCUUCUGCUGGUGCUUCGCGGCCCUGCGAGGUCAGAACUACCACCCCACUGUGAACACGCAGUACGGGAAGCUCCGCGGGGUGAGGGUGCCCCUACCGAGUGAGAUCCUGGGGCCCGUCGACCAAUACCUGGGGGUCCCCUACGCGGCUCCGCCCGUGGGAGAGAAGCGCUUCAUGCCCCCAGAGCCGCCUUCUUCCUGGUCGGGGAUCAAAAACGCCACCCACUUCGCCCCCGUCUGUCCCCAGAAUAUUCACAAUGCAGUGCCAGAGAUCAUGAUGCCAAUAUGGUUCACCUUUAACCUGGAUAUAGUUACCACAUACAUACAGGAUCAGCACGAAGACUGUCUUUACCUAAACAUCUAUGUUCCAACGGAGGAUGUCAAAAGAAUAUCCAAGGAAUGUGCGAGGAAACCCAACAAGAAAAUAUGUAGAAAAGGAGGGGCCCAUGCAAAAAAACAGGGCGAAGAUUUGUCGGAAAACGACGGUGACGAAGACGAAGACAUACGAGAUACCGGGGCCAAGCCUGUGAUGGUCUACAUCCACGGAGGGUCCUACAUGGAGGGGACUGGCAACAUGAUUGAUGGGAGCGUCCUGGCCAGCUACGGAAACGUCAUCGUUAUCACUCUCAACUAUCGGGUCGGCGUCCUCGGCUUCCUCAGCACGGGCGACCAGGCUGCUAAAGGGAACUACGGGCUGCUGGACCAGAUUCAGGCUUUGAGGUGGAUCAGCGAGAACAUCGGCUUCUUCGGAGGAGAUUCCAACCGCAUUACCGUAUUUGGAUCUGGGAUCGGAGCUUCCUGCGUCAGCCUGCUCACCCUCUCCCAUCACUCUGAAGGUCUGUUCCACAGAGCUAUCAUUCAGAGCGGGUCCGCACUCUCCAGCUGGGCCGUGAACUACCAGCCGGUCAAGUACACCCGUCUCCUGGCAGAGAAGGUGGGCUGCAACGUCCUCGAYACAUCAGACAUGGUGGACUGUCUACGGAAGAAGAGCUCCAGGGAGCUGGUGGAGCAGGACAUCCAACCUGCCAGGUACCAUGUGGCCUUUGGACCUGUCAUCGAUGGGGAUGUUAUUCCAGAUGACCCUGAGAUUCUAAUGGAGCAGGGCGAGUUUCUCAACUACGACAUCAUGCUGGGGGUGAAUCAGGGCGAAGGCCUGCGGUUUGUGGAGAAYGUGGUGGAUUCGGAGGACGGUGUGUCUGGGAACGACUUUGACUUCUCCGUGUCGGAUUUUGUGGACAGCUUGUACGGAUACCCAGACGGAAAGGACACACUGAGGGAGACCAUCAAGUUCAUGUACACGGACUGGGCAGACAGAGACAAUCCGGAGACUAGGCGAAAAACGCUGGUGGCUCUCUUCACCGACCACCAGUGGGUGGAGCCGUCGGUGGUGACUGCUGAUCUUCACGCUCGCUAUGGCUCACCCACCUACUUCUACGCCUUCUACCACCACUGCCAGAGUCUUAUGAAGCCUGCGUGGUCAGACGCGGCCCACGGGGACGAAGUGCCAUAUGUCUUUGGAAUUCCUAUGAUUGGUCCCACCGACCUUUUCCCCUGUAACUUCUCCAAGAAUGAUGUCAUGCUCAGUGCUGUCGUGAUGACCUACUGGACCAACUUUGCCAAAACUGGAUGUUUGCAGUGA